GGCCGCACAUAUGUCGAGUGUUUACAUGCGCCAUCCGCGAUUCCGCUUCCACCCAAUCCGUCAGUACACCUACGCGUACGCGCUCGCGGAGGUUCGUUCUUUCGGGCUCCACGGGGAGCAAGAGCGACGACGAGGACGACGGCGACGAUCGGUUUCGAGAGGAGAGACGACGCGUGAUCUCUGCGGGAGCACACGCGGCGUUGUGAAACGGGUGGAAGUGUGAGAAACGAGGUGCAGCGAAAGACAAAAUUUAUCGUGUAGCAUCUCGCGAUCGCCGUGACGAUGGGUGGCUACGCGAGCAGGAUCGCGUCGAUGUCGAACCUAGCCGUGCACAACGUGUACCGCGGCUGCAAGCGCAAGUACAUCGAGGAGUACGAUUGCGAGUCCGAGUCCGAUUACAUCGAGCGGACGUUGCACACGCCGAAAAAGAGGAAAUUGCUGACAACGGCGCAAUACAUAUACAAGACUCUGUUCCAAGAGGAGAAAGGCAGUGACAUAACUGUCCUGAUACUUGGACGCGCAUGGAGAUUGCAUAAAGUUUAUAUUAGUCAGAGUCCAUAUUUUGCUAGUAUGUUUUCUGGUUCUUGGAGAGAAGCUAACGAAAAAGUUAUUAGCGUCGAAAUCACAGAUCCUAAUAUUACGAUAAAUUCGUUAUCUGUGGUACUUGGCUCGUUGUAUCAAGAUGAGGUCAGUUUGGAGCCGAAAGAUGUGGUUUCUAUCCUGGCAACGUCUACCCUGUUUCAAUUGCAAGGCUUAAUAGACGAAUGUGUAGACAUAAUGAUAGAAACUACAAAUAGCGAGACUGUUGUAUCGUAUUAUAAUGCAGCUGUGUCAUAUGGCGUGCCUGGUGUGAAAGCAGCUGCGAAACGAUGGCUGGAAGUCAAUCUAUUGGGUUAUGGAUGGCGACAUCCAUCCUUCCUAAAGGAAAUUACACCAGACGUCAUGACAGAACUGGUUGCCAGUCCUGAUUUAGUUGUCUUGCAGACAGAAUUUUGUGUAUACAUGAUGUUACGCUUAUGGUUAUUUGCACACACACACAAUUGCGAGGAAACACUAAAAAUAGACGAAUAUUUUAAAAAUCACAAGUGGACUGAACCAUUUUUAACAACUGAAGAAGGCAAGGAGUAUGCGGCACCCUUUAAAGCGCUACGGAUGAAAUAUUUGCUGUUACACGAACAAGACGACAAAAUAUUGUACAGUGAUAAUUUAAUACCGCCAGACUGGUUGCACAGUGCUUACAGAGAACAGUGGCUUCAUUUAUUAAGAGUGGACGGAAAUAAGGAUAGAGGUCCAGGAAAAAUGACGGAAGAGGAAUUUGCCAAGGAAUGCUUUAGAUGCGGUAGAUGUGUUGAAAAACCAGGUGAACAUAUCUGGAGAUGGAAGGCAUUCCAUUACGGCUUAGAUUUACUAAUGACCUUAGAUACAACUAGCUUGCGGAUCGAAAGAAACCACAGACUGGACUGCGAGCAUAUCAAAGCAAAUCACAAAGAGCAUAAAAUAUUGAUAAAAGUUUGUCUAUUUUCACUGAACGAACAACGUCAGGUGAAGCAUGUUCAAGACUCACGUAUGCUGAGAUUACGUUUGAGGAGAAACACAGAGCACGAGAUAAUGACCUUGGACAAACAAUUGUGUUACCCCUUGUACAUAUCGGUCAAUAUGCAGCUAGUCACUCCACUCACAUUAGGAGAAGAGGACACAUCGACCGACAUACUUACGGAUACUUAGCAUUUCGAGAAUGUAAUGCUUUAUGAAUAUGUAAAGAUAAAGGAUAUGGGAUCCAAUUGACACGCUUUGUAACAUAUUCUAUUUAAUUAAGAAUGUUAAAUGAAGUUCGUAGGCACACGUUACUAUUUGGCACAACACUUAAAUAAGAAGAGGUAUGGAAACUUUUCCAUUAGAAACUUCCUUUAUAAAAAUAUACAGUCUGUUCUUACUGUAUUCAUUUUUAAUGAGUUCUUUAGCCAACUUUGACAUCGACUUUUCAAUAAAAAUGUUCUAUAGUUUUUAAAUUUAAGUUAGUGACAAAUAACAGAUAUAAUUAAAUUUAUAUUAUGAAAUAAAUAAUAAAAUUAUAUUUUUACAAUUAUUUCAAGACUAAGUUAUAAUUUCAUCAUAUAUUAUGAUGAAAUUAUGAUGAUAUAUAUAUAUAUAUAUAUAAUAUUUAGAAUUAUGAAAAGUUAAAAAUAUAUAAUUUAAUAUUUUAAUAAUAAUAAAAAAAUUGGCUAAAGAAUCUGCUAUUAAAAAUACAGGUAAAAUGGAACUUUCGACGUAUAUCAGUCCUGUAAAUCAGUGUACAUUAACGUAUUUGAUACGAUUAAUGCAUUUGAUGUGGUUCACAUUAAUUAUAGUGGCCAUUCCAAUAAGCUUUAGUCAUUAGAUAGAUUUUAAUCUUCCUUCGUAUACUGGGGAGUUAUCGUGUACAAUAAUGCUAUUAAAUGUUUUAAGACGAUCGUUCCCAGACACGUUUUGACUGAAACUUGUAUCAGUGAUAUAUCUAAUAAGUGGGAUACAAUGCAUAAUCAAAAUUCCGCUCGUAUCUUUUUUAGCAUUGGACACGUUUUUGCAAUUGGUUUGUACACAACUUUUACAAUGCCAAAUAGUUCUAUUAGACUGUUGUUAGAAGAGAACUGAUUUUUUUCGAUGUCCAUUGACUUUAACUAGGGUCAAUAUUUGUAGUCUCAUCUUAUUUAAAAUCAUUUUAAGUUAUUAUGAUAAAUAAGUGCAAAAGUCUUGGCCUUUUUAAAUAUUACUCUUAUUAUAGUAAUAUCUGACCACACUGGCAGAUAUUAUUAGUGAUAUUAAGAGCGCUCUGUAAUAAAAAGUUGGUAUUAUUUGGAUUACUUACAGUGCUGUUUUGUGUUAGCAAAAAUAAAUUUAAAAAAAGAUUAUUUGUAUGAUAAUGUACAAGUUUCGGAAGCGAAUCAAAAUGAUAAAUAUUAUAAAAAACAUUUAUGAUGAAUUUGGAAAAUUCCUACUAUUUUUUAUAACAUCUAUCAUUUUUAUUCCUUUCCGAAACUCGUCCAUUAUAUAAUCAUAUACAAAUAUUCCUUUUUUAGACUCAUUUUUGCUGAUACAAGAUAUUACUAUAAAUAAUUCCAACUUUUUUUACAAAUAGCUUUUGACUUAUUAGCUCAUCUUUACGACAACAUAUAAUUUGCUUAUGACACGUAUAAUAUUAUAUGACUGUGCACGAUAUGUAAUAUUGAAAUGUCGUACAACUUUACUUUUUCCGUAAUCAAAUAAAUAAUUUGUAAUCAAUUGUAAUUAAAGUUAAUUGACAUCGAAGGGAAAAAGGAUUUUGAGAGUUUAUCGAAAAUCGAAGGUUACAAGCAACUAAAGUUACCUGCACAUAUUUUUAGUCCGCAAUAAUUUACAUAUUAGUUAAGAAUUGUACUAUUUUGUUUAUAAGACUGUUUGCAUUUCAUCACGUGCAGUAUUAAUUUUUUGCUUACAUUUUCAAAGUUUAAAAAAUUUAAGAACUUGAGAAAGAUUUUAUGUUUACAUAUUCUUUAUAAAAAAAUAAUUAAGAAACAGAAAAUUUCUAUAUCUAAUUUAUACAUUAUUUAAAUAUAUAAUUUAAACAUUAUUUAGGGAAACGGUCGAACAUUCUUCCGUCUUCCUGUCAGCACGGAGUUUUUUCCGAUUCUGGUACUUUUUUAAUAUUUACUAAAAAGGGCAAAAUUACUAAUGCGUAUAAGCAUACAUAACUUUUAUAAUACGCAUAAGAUAGUAAAAAAUUAGUAGUAUUUUUUUGUAAAAAGUUUUCUUACUAUGACAGCCGUUCGGUAAAAUUAUAAUAAAAAUGUAAACACA